CAAGACGCGCCACCUUUCAAAUCUCACCACUGCGUUGUUAUUGAGAAAACGAGUCACGCCUUCCACUCAGUGCCGCUGGGCCUCCUCUCUUUUGUCCCCAAUCGCGAAACCAAAAGUUUAAAGCGAACAAGAAGCAGAGCAUCCAUGUCGACGAGGGCAGCCAAAUGGCAUCCUCCGCCUCCAGUCACUCCGAGAGUACUCCAAUUUCCACGCCGGAGCCUCCUCUCUCGACCGGCGAAGCCUCGAGCUAAGUCGCCGGCGGCGAGAAAAUCGAAUCUCGAGGCACUCAUGCGCCAGGAGAGUCGCCGAUUAUGGGGAGAAGAGAGGAGAUCGAAAGCGGAGGAGGUCUAUUCGUGUUCUUCAGGUGAGAUGGGGAGAGAUUCGGCGGAGAACCUCCGCGCUGAAUGCAGUUUGUUGAGGAUGGAGCGUGAGGUUGCGAUCCGGAAGUUGGAUGAGAACAGAGUUCAGAUGGAGUCGGCCAUGACGUCUUUAAUGGAAGCGAUGAUCUCAGGAAGAAAGAAGAUCGACGGGAAUGCGCCGAUGGGUUUUGAUGAGGAGAUCGAGGAGAUUAUUGCAAAGCUGGAGAGGGUCGAUGGAGAAUUUAAAUGGAGGAAAGGGAAGAUCGGUCGGUCCGGCGGAAGCUUAGACCGACAAUCUUCAUUGCUACGUCGGCAGCUGGAAACGAUGGAAGAGAAAACUGGAGUGAAAGUGAUAACAGAAAUUGGUGAUCCGAUCGCCGAGCUUGUUUUUUCUUCCAAAGAGGAUAAGUCGGCUCUGCUUUCGUCUGAUCGAAAGCGUCAAUUCCCAUAUGUGGAGGAGCUGAGGAUGAAGAUGGAGGGGUUAUCGAAAGGAAUGAUGGAGAGGAUGGCUGAGCACGGGUUGCUUCCUCCGUCUUUCGGGUCUACCUCAGCCACCGCCGCAGCUGCCGCCGGCGGGGGGCGCGGUGGCAGCAAACUCCAUGGAUUGUUUGGCAACGAAGUUAGAGCAGUAACCGAUCGCCACCGCCCUCUUCUACAGGAAUCGACUGGUCCAGUAAAGCUAGCGGAGGCCAUUGACGUCGGGAGCUGCUGCAAGUGCAAGAAGUUGGUGGAUAAAAUCGCAGAGCAGGUAAUGGUCGAAGCAGUACAGUGCGGCGAAAUGCAAGCAAUGCUGGACAAAGUUAAGACCGACAUGGAAGAGCUCCGAUCAUCAAGAGACCACUGGGAGCACCGCGCCCUCUCCUCGGAACUCAAAUUCCAUUCCCUCAACUCCCAGAUGUUGGAGUGGAAGAAAAGAGCUCUGGAAUCAGAAAAAACGGCGAAGGAUCUUCGCAAAACUGAGGCUUCAUCCCUGCCAACUUCGACCCAUCAAAUGGAUCCAGAGAUCUGCAGACUGAAGCAGCUAAAGAUCAGAGAUAAACAGAAGAAGAAAUCUUCGGAAUUGCAAGUUGUGAAGGAGAAGCAUGUUGUGGCCUGCCAAUGGCGUUCCCCCUUUCAAGAUAUUGGUAAUCUGCUUUCCUAACUCUCCUGUGAGAAUGUCUCAGCUGUUUUAAGGAUGGCGCAUCCAUGCAUUCAUCUCUUUUACGGAAUAUUAUUAUGUUUGGCCAUGAUUUAGCCACAUCACCACCGUACAUUUCACAUCACACGGCCGGUUUAUCGCCAGUGGUCGUGCUUGCGGACAUGAAACACAAUUAUCAUGCCUGCUCGUUUGCUU